AUGACUCUGUCUCUUCCUCGCCGUCCAAUAAAUAUUAUAUAUUAUGUGUUACGUCAACUUACAUUGCAUAUUUAUGGUCCGAAAAAGAAAGAAUUUUCUUCUGUUCUCGAGUCGCAAUCCCAUCCUUGUGAGUUUUCAAGUGCUAAAUACCGAGUUUAUCCCUCCGGUCAGUCCGAUGAGAUCGCUUACUUGUGUCAAUAG